AUGGUUGGAAGAAGACCUAUGUUGAUAACAUCUUCUGUUAUGUUUAUCAUUAGUGGUUUGGUAAUGUUGUGGGCUCCUAAUGUUAAUGUUAUUCUCUUGUCAAGGAUUAUCAAAGGUGUGGCCAUUGCUCUAGCUGUUACUUUUAAUCCACUUUACAUAUCUGAGAUAGCACCACCUGAUAUUAGAGGACAAUUAAACACUCUUGCACAGUUUUCUUGUUCUGUUGGAAUGUUUUUGGCUUACAUUCUUGUUUUCUUAAUGUCCUUGAUGCCGUCACCUAGUUGGAGAGUUAUGCUUAGUGCUAUUUCUGUUCCUUCUGUUGUUUAUUUUUUGUUGACUUUGUUUUACCUCCCUGAAUCUCCUCGGUGGCUUGUAAGCAAAGGUCGAAUCCUUGAGGCUGAGAAUGUUUUGAAAAGACUUCUCCGUGUUGAUGAUGUCUCAGGGGAGAUGGCUUUGCUCGCGGAGGGUCUCAAUCCUGGGGGUGAAGACAUAUCCAUAGAAGAAUAUGUGGUUGCUCCAGCUAGUGAGAUCCUUAUCAACCAAGAAGCAGGAAAAGAUUGUAUAAAAUUAUAUGGACCUAAUGAGGGAGUUACAAUGAUUGCUCAACCUGUGAAUGGGCAAGGUAGCAUGCUAUUGCAUAGUAUGUUGUCUCGACACGAAAGCUUUACAUCUCAAGAAACUGCUAAUCUUAAAGAUCCUAUUGUCAACACAAGUCUGAAUCGUGAGGGAAAUGAGGAUGCCAAUGUUGCUUCGAUGUUGUUUGUGCUUUGCAUUGUGUCGAACGCAGUCUGA